UUGUUACCUGUGCUUGCUUACACUGAGGUAAUACAUAGCAAAUAAAGUAGUGUUUUGCUGGAAUUGCUUUGAAAGGUUGUAUAAUUCAAGAAAGGCAAUAAUGUCUACAAAACGGCCAGGGCAAUCUGUGGUUGAUUAUCCCAAUGAAAAAGUCCAGAGGAUUGACAGAGAUGGAAGAUGGAGACCUAUAGCAAAACCAGCACUUUUGGGAGUGGAGAGAACAUGCAGAAGCAAGCCAUUACCAGGAAUGUUACAGAACGGCACCCACAGAGGAACAGCACUGACACCACCACAGCAGAAGGGGCAGGAAUUGUAUCAAAACAAUCACAAACCACUGCCUUCACCUGUUGUCCAUGUCCAAGGCCUGAACGAAUCGAUAGAGGAGUCAGACCUAGAGAAGGCACUUCAGAAUUAUGGAUUAAUCAGGAAUAUAAUGAUAGCACACAAUAAGAAGCAGGCCUUGGUGGAAUUUGAAUCCAGAGAAGAUGCAAAGUGUUGUGUUUCCUCAUGUUCAAAAAAGUGCAUUUACAUUGGUAAACAUCAAAUUCACGUCAGGUUAUCAGCCAUUCCAAAGAUCACCAUCACAGACGGCUUAGAAGACCUCAAAAGAGUCAAUCAUGUUUUAUUGUUUACAAUUCAGAAUGCUGUGUUCCCAAUCACUACGGAUGUGAUGUACUCCAUCUGCAAAGACUAUGGUGCAAUUAAGAGAAUUGUCAUACUGAGACAGAUGGGAAUCCAAGCCAUGGUGGAAUUUGAUUCUGUACAAAGUGCACAGAGAGCUAAAGCAUCUCUUCAAGGAGCUGAUAUUUAUUCUGACUGCUGUACUCUGAAGAUUGAUUAUGCAAAGCCCACUCGACUGAAUGUAGUUAAGAAUGACAGUGAAACAUGGGACUACACAAAUCCUCUACUCUGCAAAGAAGAAAUCAAACCUAAAGCUGCUUUGCUUGGAGACAGCCCAUCAUCUCAUCCUGGAAACACAUACAACCACAUUCCUGGCUACAGACAUCCCUAUUCUCCGUGUCCAACUCCAGAUGAUGCCACUGAUUUACAGAGGCCCAGACAUCAUCCCCCCAUUCAAGUAACAAUGCCUUGUGAAAACAGACUGCACGGUCCAGUACCUCCAAGCCGAGUAAUCAUGCUUCAUGGACUCGAACAGUCUAAGUUCAACUGCGAUCGUAUAUUUAAUAUCGUUUGCUUAUUUGGAAACGUAGAGCAGGUUAAGAUAUUAAUGAGGAAGCCAGAAACAGCCAUGGUGCAAAUGGGAGAUGAGUUUGCUGUGGAAAGGACCCUUACUCAUCUCAAUAAUGCUGUCAUCUUUGACAAGAAGAUUUCCAUUUGUAUAUCCAAGUCAGCGUCCAUUGUACCAGGACUUUAUUCUAAGCUGGAUGAUGGAACCCCAAGUUGCAAAGAUUACACAGGCUCCAAAAACAAUCGGUUCACUACUCCUGAACAAGCUGCCAAAAAUCGAAUCCAGCAUCCGUCAAGGAUCUUGCAUUUCUUCAAUGCACCUCCAGAAGUUACAGUGGAAGCUUUUGAGAAACUUUGUGAAGAACAGCAGUUGGCCAAAUUUGCAUCUUGCAAACUGUUUCCUCCAAAAUCUGACAGAAGUUGCUCAGGUCUCAUUGAAUGGGAAUCCAUCAGUAAUGCAAUGGAAGCUAUUGUUCUUCUCAACCAUUACUCACUUAAACUGCAAGAUGGCCAAAUUCCAUAUACGCUGCGGCUCUGCUUCUCCAAUGCCGAAUGAGCAGACAGUACUACUCUAUGUUUAAAAUGACCUUACAAAGGACUAAGGGACCUUACCUGACUCGGGCUUUUGAUGCUGAACUAAAAGCAGUGCUGUUACCAAUCAGCGGUGUACUGUCUGAAUGAAGACCUUCAAAGGUCACUUAUUGUGCAACUCUUCCAUAUAAAGGAGAUAUUUCUGACUUUUACAUUUUUGUAAAAAGAUUUCUUUGAAGAUAUUUAUAAAGUAAUUGUAAGGAGCAUAUAAAUCAGGAAUUGAAAGUUGAACUGAAAAGUAUGUUCUAGAAAACAAAGUUGUAAAUAUGCAUUUGUACGUACUUUUAUUGGUGAAGAUUUAAUUUACUUCAUAGAGUGAUAUUAAAAGAAUGAAAAAUA